AUGAAAAUACAAUAAAUUACUUUAAUAACAGUGGAGAUGGAUUUUUGAUGGAAGAAUUCAUGAGUGACGAUUCGGAGUGUAAUGAGAUAACUUCAGCCACACAUAAUGUUGGUGUAGUGAAAUUAUCGUCUGCAAAAAAAUACCGCCAUAAUAAUCUGGAUGAUGCCGACGAGGAAAGCAAUGAAACAGAAUAUCCUAGUUGUUCUAAGGAACGAAAACGUCGCAUCGUGUGGUCAAAAAAUGCGGAAACAUUUUUGUUAGAAUUGUGGGAGAAAUAUUUUGUUGAGUUACGUAGUGUGCGUAAAAAUGCUCACAUAUAUUCAAAAAUUGCAGAACAAUUAAAACAAAAAAGCGGUCAUAAAUUUUCUGGUCAUGAAGUCAAGAUAAAAAUACAAAACGUGCAAUCCAAAUAUCUUGAUGAAAGAAAAAAAAUGGGACUGUCUGGUGGUACAUCAUCCACUUGGGUGCACUUUUCCAAGGUGCAUUCAAUUGUUGGAGAUUAUAAGUCUUUAAACGUAGUACCUUCAGUGAAAGAAGACGCAGAAAGCAGUUAUCAAGAUACCAAUCCAUAUAAUUCAGAUCACGAGUUUCAGUCACCGUCUUUUAGAUCUGAACCCAGAAAGAAAAAAAAAAUUACAGAUAAACAGGAAGAACUCAUAAGUGUAACCGAUACAACUAAUAGAUUUCUAAAAGGAGAGGUAGUAAUAAAAAAUAAAAGAACUAUAAACUCGAAAAACCAAAAUGCACUAUUAGAAGAGGAAUACUUAAUAGAUGAAUUCUUGAGUGAAAACUCAGAAAGCAGUGAGCCAACGGAGAGUGUCGACGAAGAGAGUAAUGAAACAGAAUAUCCAAGUUGCUCUAAAGAAAGAAAACGUCGCAUCGUUUGGACAAAAUAUGCUGAAAGACUUUUAUUGGAAUUGUGGGACAAAAACGUUGCCGAAUUGCGUAGUGAGCGUAAAAAUUCUUAUGUUUACAGAGAAAUUGCAGACCAAUUGAUAACAAACGGACAUAAAUUUUCUGGUCAUGAAGUCAAGACAAAAAUACAAAAUCUGCAUACAAAGUACAAUGAUGAAAAAAAGAAAUUGGAAUCAUGUGAUAGUACACCUUCCGCUUGGAUGCAUUAUUCAAAGGUACAUUCCAUUUUAGAGCGACAAAACCUGACGCCAUUAGUGAAAAAGAGUACAGGCGAGAAUCAGGAUAUCAGUCUGCAAAGCUCACAUCAUGGAGUUUCAUCAGCGUCCAUCAGAGCCGAAUCUAGAAAUAAAAAGAAGGUUAGAGAUCAACAAGAGGAACUCAUAAAUGCGCUUAAUAAAGCUAAUAGCAUUGCAGAAAAAGAUUUAGUAUUAAAAGAAAAAGACAUUUUGAAUUCGAGAAAACAAACUGAACUGAUAGAGCAGCAAAUCGAUAUUCUUCAGGGUAUAGCUGCUUCCACUGAGCAAUUUCAAGCAAAUAUUUUAAAAUUGUUUAAAAAAAAAUGAGAACCAACAGUUAGCAUUUUUUUUUGUUAA